AUGGAAUUCUCUUAAUCUCUAAACGGUUUUUUGAAAAAUUCAGAUGGACAUCUCGACUAUGAUAUUCACAUAAUAAAGAAAAUUCCAGACUCAUUUUUAAUAAUAAUAGCAGAAGGACGUUUCUACGAUAGCGAACCUGACAUAUAUAUAAAUACAGAAUCAAAAGUAUCUAAAACACAAUAGCAUUUAGAUAAAUCUUAAUAUGUAUGUAAGUCUUAUGGCUUUGCUUUCUGCUACAUUCAUGCAAAUGAUAUUAAAGAAGAUCAGACUUUUUAUAUAACAAUUAAGUGCAGUUCGAAUAAUUGUUCAUUUAAAUUGACGGCUUUAUACGAAGAAGAAAUAAACGUUAUCUAAUUAAGAUUAAAUAAUACUAAAUAUGCUAUAUUUUAAGAUACAGAAAAACUUAAUAUAGAUAAUCCGAAUUUAAUAUUGAACAAAUUAGUGAAACUUUCUAUAAAUAAAGAAGAUAUAAAUGAAGAAAUAGAACAUAUUUUUAUAGAAUUUGAGCUUAUUAAUCCUCAAGAGUCCAAAAACACAUUUGAUGUUUUUAUGAACUAUAGCGACACUGUGCCUUCAAGGGAUUCAUAUAAUGCCAUAGGACUGAACUGGGGUUCAGGAGCAGGUAUGGGAGUAAUUUUUUAGUCUAAAUAAAUGUUCGAUAUCGUUUCUCCUUCAGUUUAUACAGCUAUGAUUGAAGCUCACGAGGGUGCUAUUAUCGCUAUAAGGGCUUUUGGAUGGGGAAAAGUACGAAAAAUCGAUGUUUUUGAAAAUGUAUCAGGAUUUACAAUGAUUGGAACGAAAGAGAUGAAGUAUUAAUUGUAAAUUAGUAAGGAAAUAGAAAAGAAUGUUCCAUUUUUUUUAUAAAAUAAUUUAGUUAUUAGUUUGAUACCGUUCUCAGGAGACCCGGAUCUUUUUGUAGAUUAUAGACCAUUUGAUAAAGUGUAAGAAUAUGAAUGGAAAUCGGAAUUAGAAAUGGAUGAUAAGUUAGUUAUUUCUGCAGACUAAUUAAAAUAAAUGAAGGCUUUUGGAAAAGAUUUAUAUAUUAGCGUUUAAAGUAAAUCAGAUUCUUCGUUAUUUACUUUAAAAAGUUUCUUUCCAUAAGGAAGGCUUAAAAUAGGAUUUGAUUAUCCGGAAAAGGGAAAACUAUUACCAGAUGAAAUUAUUGAGUAUAAACUUGCUAUAUAUGGAAGCAGUGUAUCUAAUUUUACUAUUACUAUUAAUGCAGAUAUGGGAAAACCUAUUUUAUUAUUGAAAAAAUGCAGUGUUGAUAAUAAGGGAACGUGCAAAAUUUCAAAAACUGAGGAUUAGAUUAUUCAGGCGAAGUUCGAAAAAGAUGUUUUGAAAUAUAUUUAUGAAAAUGAUCCGACUUAAUGUGGAAAUACUAAAUUUGGAGAUAGCUUACAUGUUUGUAAUUAUGUGAUUGCUGUCUUUAAUAAUGAUAAAAUUUAAAUCGGAUAUACACUUUUAGUUAGCUCAAGUGCCUAACAUACUGUUUUGAAAGAAGAUUAGGUAAUCCAUGAAGGAAUUGAACUCGGAAAAAUUAAUUAUUAUAAAAUUUAUGUAGGAGAUAAUCAAGAAUUGGAAGAAAUGAGCUUUUAGAUUUCAGAUGUGAAAGGAUAAGUGAGUUUAUUUGCUUCUUGUCUUAUAAGUAAACCUUCUAUUAAUAAUAAUUAAAAGAAGUCUUUUUGGAAUUAUUUGGUUGUUUAUAAAUCAGAGUGUGAUUUUCAAGUUGCCAAAUAUAUCUAUUUAGGAGUUUAGGGUGAUGCGAAUUUCAGCUCUUAUAGUCUUUUGGCUAAAGGAAUUAAACAAUAUUAAGUUCUGAAUUAUAAAUUGUUAGAAAACUAAAGUCAAACAAUUAAUUUUGAUAAAGAUAAAUAUUAAGAAAUUCAUUUUCAAUUUUAGGUUAAUAAAAAAAAUAAUGAUGAUUAAAGCUAAAAUGAAAAUUUAGAUUUUAUAAGUGUUUAAGUCAUUUUGGAACCUAUUGUUGGAUCUUUUGACAUAUAAGUAGGGGAUAAUAUUUAUUAUACUCAUUAAUAUAUGUCCAGUUCUAAUUAAAUUAAUUUCUAGAUUAAAUACUGGUAAUUUGAAAAUGAAUAAAAAACUAUGUAUGGAAUAGUUAGACCAAAAGAAAAUAAGUCGUAAUAAAAUUUGUAGUUUACUUUAAGUUUUGUAACAAGUAAUUUAGUUCAUAGCAAUUUAAAAAUGGGAUAAUAAUAAUAAUUGUAACUGAAAAAAGGAGAGCAAUAUUAUAAAAUAGCAGUUAAAUCUUAUAACUCAGUUGUUAUUUAGAAAAUAUUGGUAGGAGAUAUAGAAUUAGAAAAUGGGGUGAAGGUAUUUGCUUCUUGUGAUUAAAAAAUUACACAACCUCAUAAAAUAGAAGAAGGAGUGGUUUAAUUGUAAAAUUAUAUCCCAACUACUAUAGAUGGAUAAAAAUUACAAAAAAACUGUCCUAAUCUUAAUUAAAAUAAAAUUUUGGAUAGUUGCUUUAUUUUCUUAACUGUAAUUUCAAAUAAAGAGAACUCAAUAUUAAUAUAAUCUGACGACUAAGAUUUAUAACAUUAAUUUAUUUUUUCAGAUAUCCCAAAUAUAAUUUUGUUUAAUUUUUAAUAACAUAAAUAUCUUUAUUAUCCAGAGUUAUAUUCAAGAAAGUUUAAUCUUUUUAAAAGCUCUACCUUCUAUGGAGACUCGGUUGAAAUUUGUGCCAAAAUAGUCUAUAAUUAAAUACCGAAGUAAGAAUGGGAUUAUCCUUAAGGAUGUGAUGAAGGUGAAUAUGAUAUUAAAUUUAAAACAUAAAAAGACGAAAAUUAUUUCUAUGAAAUAAUUGAUAGUUAAAUUUCUUGUUAAUUUGAUAAAAGAGAAUGUGGAUUAGCCAUUUAUUUAGUUGACAAUACAAGUAACAUUUAAAGUUCGAAUUCUGAUAAAAUUGAUUAAAUUAGUUUAACUCUCUAAUAAUCUAAAACUAGAAUUAACAUCGGUGAUAAAAUUAAAGAUGUUCUUCCAACUAAAGGGGCCAGAUUUUACUCAAUUGAUAUAUUUAAUGAAGAUAUAGAGUCAUUUACAGUAUAAGGAACUGAAUAUCUAGUAAAUACACUAGAAAUAGAUAUAUACUGUGAAAACUAAUUAAUAAAAUCAUCAUCUAAUGUUUAAUCAUUAGAAUUAACAAUAGAUCAUAAAGUUUUAAAGGAAUUUAAAAUAGAUAAAAUAUAGACUUAAUAUAUAAUAGAAGUGAAAUCAUUAAAUAUUUAAAAGGAUAUUAUAUAUUAAAUAAGUUAUAGUUAAAAAGAGAAAGGAAAAAUAAAAAUAAAGAAUAUAUAGGCUGGAAACAUAACAAAAAUAUAAUUAAAUUCCGAAGAAGAUUAUUAAUAUUUUUAAUAUAUAAAUAAAAUCAAAGGAAAACCAUUCAAAAUAGUAAUGUAGAAUUUAACUUAAGGAAAAACAAAGCUAAAAAUUUAAAAAUAUAACGAUAAAAUUUAAUAAUCAGAGCUAAAGUUGCCUUUAAAAGAUACUUUUAUUUCCACUACUUAAGAUGUUAUAGAAGUAGAUACUUAAGAUAAUGAUUACUAAUGUAUUUCUUAUUGUUAUUAUUUACUAGAGUUUUAAGCUUUGGAACAUUCCGGAAGUUUAUUAACUGUAUAAAUUGAGGAAACUAAUAGUUAAAAUGAAAUGCAUCUAUUGGAAAAUAUUGUAUAGAAAAAUAAAUUAUAUUUUAAUGAUGUUACUAUGCAUACAUUUAAUGUUUAGUAAUUAAGUGCUGUACAUUUACAAAUUGAAUAUGGAGAAUUGGAAGUUAGUAUAUUCUAUUAUGAUGAAAAUUUGACAGUUCAUUAAAUAUAAUAUAAGAAUAAACUCAAAGGAUAAUAAUCAUAUAAUUAUACAUUAUAACCUCUUUAAAAUACUAAUUAACUUUAUUAUAUAGAAAUUAAAUCUUUAGAAGUAUUUAUUUUAAAUAAUAUACUAUAUAU